AUGUCGGAGGUAAAAAAGAGAAAGAUAUAUUCUUCUCAGUCGUCGGUUAAUAUCGACUACCAUGUCAUUGAAGAGGUAAACAAAGUGGUGGAACUAUUGGACAAGGAACCUGAAGAUACAAAAGAACAGGACAAAGAAAGUAAUAAAACAAAAGAGUCCUUGGCACUCGAAUCAUUUAUUGAGAGAGGCUAUUUGGCCAAACUUUUACCCAUCUGGUCAUACUACUCAUCGACUAAUAACCACAAGGAGUUUGUUGACAUAACCAACAAGAUCAAUGCUAUAAUAUUCAGGAUAAACAAGGCUAAAUCUCUGGCAUCAUCAUCAUCAUCAUCGUCAUCAUCAUCACCGUUAUUACAGCAUCGACAAUCCAUACUCGAUACUUUUAAGGAUAUCUUAAUCAACCACAUACGAAUUCUUUAUCGUGCACUAAGCAGCUUGAAACCAUCUUCAACAAACCCAAACAUUAGACUCUUGGACAACAUCGUUCAAUAUGACCCGAUAAUUGCUAUGGAGUUUCUCAACCAGUUUGAUAUGGCACUACCAGUAUUACCAAAACUAGUGACACCUAGCAAGAUUGAAAUUGAACUGGGUGAAAUUAGCAACGACGCCUACUCGAUAAGAUGCAAUUUUAUCAAGUUUUGGAUUAACUUAUGCUCGCAAGUACUGCAUGUGCACCGAUUAGAUUUGUUGACUAAUCAUCCAAAAAUUAUGAGAAAUAUUUGGAAGUACUUGCAAUACGACUCAUUACAACUGAUACACCACUUGAUCAACUUUUUGGACUCCAAAGUAUUGGAUGAAGCUAAUUUUAAGAAAUCACAAAAAUGUAAAAUACUCAAUGACAACUUUAUGUAUAAAGUACAGGCCCUAUUCAGCAAAGUCUCAGAGCCAUUUCUUAUCAAUUUCUUGAACAAAUUGACAACAGAUACCAAACAUGGUAUAAUAUUUGCAAACGACAGCUUCUGGAAUAAGGAAUCCAAUGUAGGUGUUGAAAUCGAGAUCAACAACAAGAAAUUCAAAGUGGCAAACAAACUAUUGUACACCCUCCUAACAAGCUUAAAGCCAACAGAGUCGAACCAGCAACUACAAUUCAUUGUGCGGGUAUUAUCCAGCAAUCAAGAACUCGUAGCACCAUACAUGAACUAUUUGGUUCAACAUGGUGGGGGUUACCAUGACCCAUCUCUUACAUCUUGGUGGAUCGCUCAUACUUUGCUCUAUACCAACAUAUUGCAAAUCGCGCCACCAAAAUUUGACCAAAAUACCGAAUACAUAAAGUUUGAUGCAAAAUCAAUAGCAGAGUCCAUUGCAUUGGCACCACUACUGAAAGCUGCAUUAUCAAAGGGCUUGCAAUCGAGCAAUAAAAAACUUGUUUUGCAACUUACUUUACAAUUGAUCCUUUACAUUUUACAAAAAUUGGAACUGAUUUUACAAGAAUCUUUUAUAUCAGUUGCCAAUACUGAAAGACAGGAAUUGAUUGCAUUGGUAUUUAACCAGUUACCCGAUACUAGUGCAAUUGUGCAAGUCAUAUCAGCAUCAACCACAAAUGAAAAAGAUUUACCUCCUGCCAUUCCUGAUAUCACAAAGCUCACAACCCUCAAAAUUUUACAAAAAUAUGACUUGUAUACUCCAUCAUCUACCAAAAAAAGCUCUUUGCAGAAACUCGUCUCCAUGGGAGUUGCCAGUAUAGUUGACAAAAAUGUACAAUCGCAACUGCUUACUAGUUAUGACUUGAUCAUCUUGGACAUGUUUAUCAAUUUGCAAGACCAAAACUUUAAAUGGUGGAACAAAAUUAAUAAUCAAAACUCAUUCUAUACCUCAUUGAUAAAAUUUGCAUCUAAUUCAAGUAUCAAUUCAUCAAAAUUUAGUUUUACCAAAAUCUAUACAUUGCUAAACAGAUUAGGUGCUGACAAGAUGUUUUUCAAUGCUGAUUUACUAGUCACGCCAAUUGUCGCACUUAUUUACUCAAUUGAUUCUGAUAUAGCCGAUAAUAUUGAGUAUUGGAACAUGCUUGAUGAAACCAUUGCAAGGUGUGUUCGAACGCCAUACAAAUAUUUCGACUUGACGCAUGCAAAAUACGAGGAUACGAGCAUUUUCGUUGUGGCUUUAAUGGAACAAUUUAAAUACUAUAUUAACAAGCCGAAUGUAGCAAGAGACGAUGCAUUGAAAUGGCUCUCACGGUUUAUAAGAUAUUUGGUCAUCUUUGGUGAAUCAAAGAGUGCACUUGUAUCGAUGAUUACCAACGAAUUGGAUGGUAUCAUCAUGGAUUAUGAAUCUAUUUUGCAAAACCAUCUCGCUUUUGAUGGUGAUAAAGAUUUUGAUGUGAGGGACUGCUCAAUCUUGGAGAUUGUAUACAAUAUGUCCUUGGACCAAUUGAUCAACAAACCUAGUAUAUUGGAAAAAAAAGUUAUUACAUCAAACUUGGACUUUGCUGCAAUUUUGUCCUUGUUGCAAACAAUAAAUUCAAAUCCAACAUUGGAGUCUGCUCAGCCAUUGAUAAAAAUCAUAUUCAGUAAAAUAUGGAAUUUCUUGAUGAAUUGUGACGAACAAGCAAUCAAGUAUUUCACCUCUGGUGCAAUUUGGAAACCAUUAUUUAGAAGUGAAGUUGAGAAUGGAAAUGAAGAUGGAAGUAAAGUUCUAGAUACAAAUACAAACAUAGACACAAACUCAGACACAAACUCAGACACAAACUCAGACACAGACACAGACACAAACUCAGAUACAAACACAAACACAAACUCAGACACAAAUUCAGACACAAACACAAACACAAAGUUGAGUUUGCAGUUUUAUAAUGAUAUACUUGAGGAACUACCAAGAAAAGUGUUACCUGAAGAUCUUUUAAAUUACAUUGAAGAAGGCAUUUUUCCCAAACAAAAAAUUUCAAUGCUUUCCUUUGCUUGGGCAUUGGACGAUGAUCAAUUGAAAAGGUUGCUAGAUGUCUCUAGUGAUCCUGUUUUUAUUACUUCAUUGACAGCACAGAUUAUAAAACGGGGAAAUAUGGUAUUUACGGUUGAUCAGUUUUGGAAAAUCUAUGACACUCAUGCGGAUAAGAGACUUGAGAUGUUGACUGCAAUUAUUAAUGAUAGCCUCAUGGGGUUCAACGACAUACAGUUGCAUCUGUUGUUAACCAAGAUAAUUUCAAACCACACAAGUGAUAAGCCGUUGCUUCCUCUUUUAAUCAGGAAAUUCAAAAGUCGCUCCAGUUUGUACUUGGCUCCAAGUGCAAGCUCUGAGUCCGAUUCCAAUUCCCUAGCUUCAAAAUUGGCUAGUUUGACCUUGCCAAAUGAUGAUGACUUGAAAUUAUUGAUUGCAUCAUCCUUAAUUCAAGCUGAAUUUGAAGUUCCAUCUUUGUUGAUGUCUGAGGUUAAUGAAAUAAUAACGAGAAAGCUCAAUUCAGAUACGUGUCAGAAUGGUACGUCUAGUGUUUGGAACGAUAUUUUAGUUAUUCUUGCAACGCAGAAAAAUGUUGAUUCGGACACUCUUUUACAAGUUUUCAUAGUGAUUGACUAUAAGCAAACUUUGAACUCGUCGUUUAUCAGAUUAGUUUCAAGAUCACCACAAUCUUUAUCUACUUCAAGUGGUAUCAAGUUGACGCAGUGGCUUCACAAGACUAUGCUUUACAUUACUAAAAAGUUUGCAGAAUCAGACACAUUAUCAGAAAAUUUCACGAAUUUUUUAACCAGUAUGGGUGACUACCACAUUCUGCACUCGGACAUUUGGUCUAUAGCACCAGCAAAUGUGCUCAAUACUCAAUUAGAAGUUAUUUUACAAUCCAAAUUCGCCAAGAAUGCAAUUAAUUUGCAAUAUGUUGCUAAAAUGAUUUUAACAGCUCCCAAAAACAAAAUCAACUUUCAACGUUUGUUUCAAAUUAGCUUGACUGCACUUUCUGUGUUGGAUGAUUUACCCAGUAGUGAAAAUGCAGAUGCGCGCUAUUAUGCCGCUAUAAUCAUCUUUAUAUUAUUCAAUUUUGAUCAUCUGAAAUUAUCAAACAUGGCAAGCGUUGAUAAUAUUUUGGUCAAAUACCAGGGCUUGAACAGAGCUGAGGACUUGCUUUUGAAACAAGUUUUGCAAAAAAUGGAGGCUAAACUUGCAAUCACUUGGAUAGCCAAAGUUGCAACUUGGGAACUUUCAGAGGAGCUAGCCGAGAAUGAAAAGGAACUAGUUACUGGUGGCGGUCAAGAGAAAUUGAUUGUGAGUCGAAAUGGCCAGUUCACCAUCACAUUGAAUAAAACAACUAUUCUGAACACACUUAGCAGUUGUCAAAUGGGUUUACCUAUGUUUGCCAAGACUAAUGGCUCUAGAUUAGCGCCUGAGGAAAUUUGGUUGCAAAUGAAAACGCUUGAACAACAAAAUUCCUUAAACUCCUCUCAAGAGCGUCUUGCUUACGAUGCCGAGUUUUUAUUAAUGGUUGUUUUAAAUAACGAGGAGUUGCUCCAAUACAAAAAAGAAGAGGAUGGAAGCGUGUCCUAUAAUUUUAAUAUCAAGAAUAUGAUUGAUAAUGGAUUUUUACAAUUCAUUAUUGCAAACUUACCAAAUGAGGAUUAUCAAGGCAUAUCUAAAGUGAUUUUAAACAAAAUUCUUGUUUCCAUCGAUAGUGAGGUGAAUAACCAGUUUAAAGAUAAAAACAUUUACAAAGUAUUUAUUUCUUCUAUUCUAUUCACAUUGGCCCAUCAGCAACAACAACAUCAACAUCAACAUCAACAACAACCCUCCGUAUCAGGUGAUGGAAAGCCUCCUCCACAAAUUGGUAAACUUGUUUGGUUUAUAUAUUCACAGUUUGUUCCUAUAUUGUCCAAUCCAGGUCAUUUUCUUUAUGAAAAAGUUUACCGGUAUGUCUUGUCCCAUCCCAAAUUAAAAAGUUGGGAGGUGCCAUUGUGGAGCUCCAUUAUUUACCCAUCUGAAUCAAGCGAGUGGUAUUAUAGAGAAUUGACAUGGGUUAUUGAGCAGAUGACUGAAGGUGUGUCGACCGUUGCAGACUUGGCCGUGUUGAAGUCAUCUCAAAUUGAAGCAAUCUUAAACUUGAUCAAUUCAGAGUACAUAAACAUGAAGCUAAAGACAUCUAUUUUGAAAUUUAUCUACAAAAUACAGAGUAUUGACCAAGGUUCUGACUUGUUAAUCACUAGAUUUGGUAUCUUGACAUUUUUGGAAUUAUUUAUUCAAACUUUGAACCAAAAGGAAAAUAAAGAAGAAGCCAGCAGCAAGAUUUUCACACAGCAGUUGAAAAACAACGUUGAUUCAAUCUUGUGCAGGUUUGAAGUCAGUGUUGGUGAAAGCAAAAGGGUUCAGGAAUGGACAAGUCACACUCUUACAAAAGAGUUGCAAAGAUUGCACAAUGCUCUAUCAUCGUAG